GGUGCUUCGCAGGGCUGGGAGUCCUGCUUCUGGAGCUGCAGCGCGAGUACCAGGAAAUUAGCAGAGUGGGUAGGGCGCCUGCCUGCUGUCCCGUCUGCCCGCGCUGUGAACGCCCCGCGGUGGCAGCGCGACACGCCCGCUGGGGACAGGUUUGUGGCUGGAUUCCUACUCGGAUUCACUAUUCCAGACCAAAAUUGAAAAAAUGGUUGACCUCACUGAGCUUAUGGAAAAUGAAGUAUUCAUGGCCUUUGCUUCCUAUACAACGAUUAUUCUUUCAAAAAUGAUGUUUAUGAGUACUGCAACUGCAUUCUUUAGAUUGACAAGAAAGGUUUUUGCCAACCCAGAAGACUGUGUAGGCUUUGGCAAAGGAGAAAGUGCCAAGAAAUAUCUUCGGACAGAUGACAAAGUGGAACGUGUGCGAAGAGCUCACCUGAAUGACCUUGAAAACAUUGUGCCAUUUCUUGGUAUUGGCCUUCUGUAUUCCUUGAGUGGUCCAGAUCUCUCUACAGCCAUCCUGCACUUCAGACUCUUUGUUGGAGCACGGAUCUACCACACAGUCGCAUAUUUGACACCCCUGCCCCAGCCAAAUCGUGCUUUGGCUUUCUUUCUUGGCUAUGGAGUUACUUUUUCAAUGGCUUACAGGUUGCUAAAGAGUAGAUUGUACCUGUAAGGAGAAUCCUACAACUCAUCAUCCAGUUAUUUUCUAAGAAUUCUGUACUUCCAAUUUAUGAUGAUUUUUUUUUGUUUUUAGAUUUUAAGUGGGAGGGGAGCAGAGAAAUUUAGAUGGGGCAAACAGCCUGAAUAUUAACAUGACCAAUAUCCUUUAUUCUUAUGCUUGUACUGAAAUUUUAACACAAUUCUUAAGUCUUUUGAUUUCUUAUUUAAGUGCCUUGUGAUAAAUUCAGAUUAUAAUUUGUAACAUUCAUUCAACAUUUAAUAUUUUAAAUCUAUAAAAAGGGUGAGUGUAUGUAUGAUACCCCUGUAUUUCA